UUUCCGCUUCCGGUUUGAAAGUUGUCUGCUUUUCAAAGCAUUACAGAAUAUAGCAGUUUGUGGUAAAAAUAAUGUGUGACAGCUACUCAUAUUUUGAUCCAAAACAUAUUUAACUGCCUUUACUGGUUUGUACAUGAUGAUUGUUUUGAAGGGGAGGAUUGUAUAGAACUUUGUUUACAUCAACAAUAUUGGUAUACAAUAGCAAUGCUUAAGCAAAUAGUACAGACAGUCCUGCUUGUGACAUCUACAGCAGUGGUGAUACCCUACACAACGUCACUGCUAGGAAGUCUACUGUAUGGUUGGCCUCAGACAAAGAACAAAUAUCGUAGAGCAUUUAGUCCAAAGAAAGUUUAUGCUUUUAAUUAUGCCUUACUACAAAAGUUAUAUAUAACCUUGAAAUAUGCAUCAUCCUACAUGAAAUGGAAGAAACUCUACAACAAGUUAGAUCCAUUUACUGUCAGAAAGAACAUACCAUAUGGAAGAAAUGAUUGUACCCUAGACUUGUACCAUCCUAACAUUCCACGAAAGGAUGGUGGGGAUAUGUCAAUGCCAGUGGUGGUGUUUGUGUAUGGAGGGGCCUGGUCUUCUGGAGAAAAGACCAUGUAUGGUCCUCUUUGUGUAGAGAUCGCCAAUAGACUGAAGGCAGUAGUGUGUUGUCCAAAUUUAUCAAUCUAUCCAAAGGGCUAUGUGGAUGAUAUGAUACAAGAUGUUGUGGACUGUGUGGCAUGGAUUUGUGACAAUCCACAUAUUCAUGGUGCUAAUAAGAAUGAUAUAGUACUGAUUGGACAUUCCUCGGGAGCACAUUUAUGUGUGAUGUCAGUGUUAGAAUUGUUAAGCUUAGAAAUUCCAGGUGAAUCUCAGCAAAGUAGGAUCAGAUUUGAUGAAUCAUAUUUUAACACUAAGCCUCGUUCUGACACACUUGAUGAUAGUUCAGGAUCAUCAGCAUCAUUCUGUGUGGUUAAUGAUAACCAGGAGAAGUCUGUUGUAGCUCCUGUUUCUACUGAAACCAAAGAUACUUUGCCUAGCUUACCAGAGAGUACUGAGGGUACCAGUUUAUCAACCAGUACAUUUGAGAUUGUCAAGUCAGAAGGAGCUGAACUUGAGAGUCAAGAAACUGAUGACAAUACUGAAGGAAAAAGUGUAGAAAAGGGAGAUAAUUCACAAAGUAUGGCUACUGGUGAUACAAAUAAAGAAGAAACUGAAGUGAAAUCAACAAGUCAUACACAAGACCUUGAAACUAUAAAUAGCAAUGAUGAAAUAGCCAGACCAAAGGAACUCGAACCACAUGCAACUCUGACAGAUCUUAGUAAAUCAAUUAAAGUAGUCAUAGGUUUGGCUGGAGUGUAUAAUAUAAGUGAUCACUUUGAACAUGAGUCCACUAGAGGUAUAGAAGACAUAUCUUGUAUGGCUAGAGCUAUGUAUGGAGAAGAAUAUUUUGAUAGAUUUUCACCAAUUGUGCUUAGUAGAACAUUAUCACCCAAUGCAAGUGCACCUUGUGUAUUACUGUUACAUGGAACAGAAGAUUAUGUUGUACCAGUAACAUCGACAACCAAACUUGCUGAAGCGUUACAAGAUAACAUGAUGGAUGUCACUGUCAGGAUCAUUCCCGGUUGUGAUCAUUAUGAAAUCUGUUUGGACAUGAUGUUACCUAAGUCGAAAUUCUAUAAACCAAUGAUUGAUUUGUUGUUAGAGGUUACAAAUAAAGUACUUAAUAGGAAAAUUGUUGCAUGGUCAGAGUCUAAUUGAUGUUGGUCAUAUUGUAGGUGUAUUUGCAUUGGUAUAUAUGUGAACAAAAUUUACAGAUGUGGUAAUGUAUAUGCAUUGUAGUUCAUUCCACACUAAUUUUUAUAACAUACCAACAAUUGAUUUCUAUGCACAGGUAAAACCAUCAAACUAUAAACAUAAUCAUGAAACACUUAAAAAAUCUGCAUUUAUGAAAUAAAAUAUGGGUAGGUGUAUGUUGUUGAGUGACUGGAAAAAUUAAAUUUGACUUCUAAUGAUUUAAAAAAAAAAUUCAAUGUUUAAAUGUUUUAACUUGUUUAUCAAACAUUUUUUAAAUACAUUGCAAGUCUUAAGUUUUUAGGCAUGGUCCAAUGAAAUAAUGUUAAUCCAAGAAGAGUUUUCUGGUUACUUUAGAUGUAGUUUAAAAAGGAUAUAUCCACUUCCACAUUUUAAUUCACAGUUGAUUUACCAGUAGUUAUAGUUUUUAAUUUUGCUUCUGUGUACAAUACAUUUCUGUGUUAAUAGUUUUUGUUUGGCUUCAUACAGAGUUUUUUUGUUGUUGUCAACUGCAGUAUAUCACAGAUCUGACAGAAUAUUAAGACAUUUCAUUGUACUUUGUUUAUUCAUUAUUGCAAUUUGCCAUUUUUUCAUGGCCAUCUGAUUUUUCUAUUUUAAGGCCAUAUCAGAUUAUUAUUUUAUUAUGAUUUAUACAUGAAAAUUUUGGGUAGAAAGAGUUUUUGAUACCCAAUACUUUAUCUUCAUGCAGUAAACAAAUAUGAAUUCUUUCAAAUUUUCUUUUCAUAUUGCAUUAAAGAAAAAUCUGACCACCCUUUAUACUGAUAAUGAAGACAACAUUUUUUCAUUCUUUUAAUAUUAAUCCUGCAUCAUUUUUAAGAACAUUUUUCUUUUGAAUUGGAUGUGAAUCUGAAUUUUCCUGUUAUCCUUAAGAAUUGAAUUGGUAUGGCCUUUACAGUGUGCCAUUCAUAUAAAAAAACAUGAAAGAACAAAGUUUUUGUGAUACAAAGUUUGUAAAUGUAGAAAUUGUUUGUUGUUUGUGUGCUAUGUGUAAUUGAAAUGUUUAAGCUUUUUUGUUAAUGUAUAACAAAUUAAUUGUUUACAGAGAUGCAUUCUGUUUUGUAAUAAGAUCCUACAUGAAAUUAAAUAUGAAAUCAGA